UAUCAACCUCACUAUCUUCCCCAUACUAUCCACAAUCUACCACAACCUUUAACUCACUAUCUACUAUCAACCCUCCACACUCAACACAGUCCAUCCUUAACAAUACAAUAACCUUCUCAUACAAGCCCACCAAUCACCCAAUCACCCACCCACCAUCCACCAUCCACCAUCCAAACCUUCCCCGCACGAACCACCACCGCACAACAAAGCCACACCAAAAACAUGGGCAACAUCUGCUCCAAAUCCUCAAACCAACCGGACGCCUUCUCCUCCCCCGGUCGUGUCCUCGGCUCAGGCCCGAACCCCCCAGCAAAAGAUUCCUCUUCCGCCCCGCGCGCCCCGCUCCCUUCCAACGCCAAACCCGCCUCGAACUGGGGUUCUGGACCCUCUGGACGGACGUUAGGGUCGCCUGCUGCUGGGGAAGGUAAUGGGGAUAAUGCGACUGCGGAUGCGAGGACGAAAGCUGCGUUGGCGGCGCAGAAACGAGCCGAGUCCGCAUCUGCAGCCGGGAGUAAAGGAAAACUAGGCACCAAGUUAGCGGCGCAGAAGGCGCAGACGCAGAAUCAGACGUUGAAUGAGGCUAGUCGGGAUGAGGUGGCUGCUAGGGACGCCGAUGGGGCGGCGGAGGCGAGGAGGUGGCAGUAGUAUGUAGUAUUACUACUACUCUGUAUCUGUAUGUGGGUGGGGGGCUUGUGGUUUUGGUUGCGUGGAGUUGAUAUAUUUAUGGGUGUGUGCGUGAGCGGUUUAGCGGGAUAUAUUACUGCCUUUUUCGGUUUGUUAAGACUUGUGUUUACUGUUGAUACCAGAGCAACCUAGUUUAUCUUAUCGUUGUUUUCCUCUAUUUCAUGUCUACAUGAGAUGGUCAUC